AUGGCACCGAAAACGCCCCGUCUCAAGGUCCUUUCAGUCGGUGGGAAUCCCGUCUCGGCCUUCUUAUCAUGGAGACUCCAGGCCACCAACGCCUGCGACGUUACGCUCGUCUGGAAGUCGGGCUUCGAACAUGUCGCCCAGUACGGCAUUUCCUUCAAGUCCCCGAUCUUCGGCAAUGAGAGAUUCAAACCCCGACAUGUUGUUCGGAAUCCUGAAGACGCUUCCAACUCUCGAGACGGUCCGUUCGAUUACGUCGUGCUCUGCGUAAAAGCCCUCCCUGAUGUGUACGAUCUCGCCGCGGUAAUCGACGCCGUCGUCACUCCCCAGCAUACCUGCAUUCUUAUCAAUACCACACACACCCUCGGGGUCGAGGCCGCCAUCGAGGAGCGAUUUCCUACCAAUGUCGUGCUAUCGCUCGUCUCCGGCGCCGAACUGACACAACUGGGCCAGAGCGAAUUCGAACACAAGGGCUCCACCGAGAUCUGGGUCGGCCCUGCCAACAAAAACAGCAACAUUCCACAGUCUAUCCAGGAAGACAUGGCCCAGGCGCUGGCCAUGACCCUGAGCACCGGCCAGGUCGAGUGCAAGGUCUCGUCAAACAUUCGCCAGCAGCAGUACGAGAGAGUGAUUGGGCCCAUUGCCUUUCAUCCCAUAAGUGUGCUCUUCGAGACGCCGAACCACGCCGCCCUCUUUGAAAAGGUUGGAGUAAAGGACAUGAUCUCGGACGUUAUUGACGAAUUGUUACGCCUAGCCGAGGCAAACGGCUGCAAGCUCUCCCCCGACUUCAAGCAGCGGACCAUGGACGACAUGACGAAGCCCAACUUGCCGGAAAGCAUCAUGUGGCAGGACUUCGUGGCGAGACGGCCAAUGGAAAUUGAGACGUAUCUCGGAUCCCCCAUCAAGCUGGCGCGAGACUCGCAUGUCUCUGUGCCCAGGAUCGAGACCCUUUACGCCAUCCUCCACAACAUUAACACUGUCAAUCGAACCAGGCCAAAGCUCGGAGACGCCCCGUCGCAGCAGAUGCCGCCCGGUGGCAUGCCGCCCGGCACGCCCACGUUGGCCGCUCCGCCCCCGCGAAUGCCUUCACAGCAGGGCCACCGCCCCAUGAUGGGCGGAAUGCCCAACGGCAACGGCAUGCCUCCCCGCCAGCCCCGGCCGCGGAACUCAGCAAAUUUUGCUCCGGCGGGAAUGCGCCGACCGCCCCCCACGAACGGCCACCCGCCCAAUGGCUAUCCUCGGCCGCCACCGUCGAUGAACGGAGGGUCGAGAGCCCCCUCGCGAAGAAAUUCGAUGGAUGGAAACGACCUCGAAGAGUUUUCGCACUUGGUGCUGUACGAUGAUAUCCCCGAGGGUCAAGAGCCCUCGGUCGGCGGCGAAGACAUAGCUCUUCGGGAGAGAGAACUGCAGAUUCGUCAGCGCGAGCUCUCCCUUCGGGAGCAGGAGAUGAGGAUGAGGCGCGGACCCCCGCCGGGAGCGCGUCGCGGCCCACCUCCUUCCAUUCGCAACCAACCCCAAAACUAUGACGAUGACGACGACGAUGACGAGUACUUCGAUCCAAACGCCGUGACGGGCGGCCCCACCAUCGACCCUGACAACUUCGACAUGAUGAGCGUCACCUCGAGGAAGACCCGCAAGGCAACAGCCCCGUCGGCUGCACAGUUUCGUCGAAACCCCGAGUUCGACGCGCCCGCUCCGCCAAGAGGAGGCAGAUUCCGGCCCUUCGGCCGCAGUCGCCCCAGCCAUGCCAACAACGUGUCCAUGCUUACGGACAACAUGCUCGAUGAUCCUCUCAUGUCGCUCACCUCGAACCGCUACGCCGCAGUCGACCGCGGUGCCAUGGCCGCAGGCUCUCGGGCAAACUCGUUGACGGCCUCGAGGCUAGACGAGCUGCAGUAUAGCCAUGCUCCUGGCGCCCCGCCCAGCAUGAACGGCGCUCUUCCCCGGCGAGCCAGCCAGUCUCCGGGCAACCCUUACAGCCCAUCGCUGCGCGGCGGCGGCAGGCCCUCUCCUCCAAACGGCUUCGGUCCCCAGAUGAAUGGGCGUCCCUCACCCCCAGAUGGCGUCCGUCAGCCUGUUGAGCAACAUGUCGGGGUGAGCGCCCUUCGUCCACCCAAGCCGAGAAACGUUCGUAGUCUGACGGGCAGUGCGAGCGCUAGCGCGGGCAGUGGUGAACUCGACUCGGAACAAUCGGCGCACAGCAGCCAGAGCAGCCUGCAGAAUGGGCCGACAAUUGGCGUCCACUAG